CCUGUGGGCCUCCAAGGCUCUGAGGCUGAGCAAGCCGCAAACAACAAGGAGGACUGAUUUCCCUGCAAGUCAGGCUUUUGGGGUCGUUCACAGUUAAUGAUUAGCUGUGAUUUCUGGAAGGAUGCAGUGAUCCUGGACUUGAUUGCUGGCAUAAUCUGUCCUCUCCUCCAAGCUUCCAGGGCUCCUGGAUUUCUCUUCCCAGGAGGAGGGUGGACCGAGAGAUUCCCCAGAGACAUCUCCUAAAGGACUUGACAGGACUAACCAUGCAUUGGCUGCGGAAACUCCAGAGGAUUUGCACUCUGUGGGGGCCACAGAUGUUCAGCUGCUCAUUGCAUAUCCAUGCCAGGCAACUGGCACCCUUGCCAUGGGGCCCCCAAGAAGUCCCUGACAAGUUUAACUUUGUUAGUGAUGUGAUGGAUCACUGGGCUGGCAUGGAGAAGGCUGGCAGGCGACCACCAGGCCCAGCCCUAUGGUGGGUGAAUGACAAUGGAGAUGAGGUGAUGUGGAACUUCAGCCAACUGAGUGAACUCAGCCAACAGGUGGCUAAUGUCCUCUCAGAGGUGUGUGGCCUGCAGCGUGGGGACCGCGUGGCAGUGGUGCUGCCCCGAGUGCCUGAGUGGUGGCUGGUGACCUUGGGCUGCAUGCGAGCAGGUCUCGUCUUCAUGCCCGGGACUGUCCAGAUGAAAGCUAAAGACAUUCUCUACAGGCUCCAGCAGUCUAAGGCCAAGGCUAUCGUGACUGGGGAUGAAAUGACACAAGCAGUGGACACAGUGGCACCUGACUGCCCUUCUCUAAAAAUAAAACUACUAGUAUCUGAGAAAAGGCAGGAUGGGUGGCUGGACUUCAAGACACUGCUACGAGGAGCAUCUACCACUCACCACUGCGUGGAGACUGGUAGCCAAGAAGCAGCUGCCAUCUACUUCACCAGCGGGACUACCGGCCUUCCCAAAAUGGCGGAACAUUCCCACUCAAGCUUGGGCCUCAAGGCUAAGAUGGAUGCCGGCAUAUGGACAGACCUGAAAACUUCUGACAUAGUGUGGACCAUCUCAGACACAGGUUGGAUAAUUAACAUCUUGGUCUCAUUUCUGGAAUCUUGGACAUCAGGAGCAUGCACGUUCAUUCAUCUCUUGCCAAAGUUUGACCCACUGGUUAUCAUAAAAGUGCUGUCCAGCUACCCAAUCAACAAUCUGGUGGGUGCCCCCAUCGUUUACAGGAUGUUGCUACAGCAGAACCUUUCCAGUUAUAAGUUCCCACAUCUACAGAACUGCUUCACUGGAGGAGAGGCCCUGCUUCCAGAAACUCUAGAGAGCUGGAAAUCCCAAACAGGACUGGACAUCCGAGAAUUCUAUGGUCAGACAGAAACGGGGCUCACUUGCAGAGUUUCCAAGACAAUGAAGAUCAAACCUGGCUCCCUGGGAACAGCAAUUCCCCUUUAUGAUGUGCAGGUUGUAGAUGAUGAGGGCAAUGUCCUGCCCCCUGGCACAGAAGGAAACUUGGGCAUCAGGGUCAAACCCAUCAGGCCUAUAGGCAUCUUCUCUGGCUAUGUGGACAAUCCUGAGAAGACAGCAGCUAACAUUCGAGGAGAUUUUUGGAUCCUGGGAGAUCGUGGAAUCAAGGACCAAGAUGGGUAUUUCCACUUCAUGGGACGGGCAGAUGAUAUCAUUAACUCUAGUGGAUACCGGAUUGGGCCCUCCGAGGUGGAGAAUGCACUGAUGGAGCACCCCGCUGUGGCUGAGACAGCUGUGAUCAGCAGCCCAGACCCCAUCCGAGGAGAGGUGGUGAAGGCAUUUGUGGUUCUGACUCCACAAUAUCUGUCACACAACCAGGACCAGCUCAUUAAGGAGCUGCAAGAUCAUGUGAAGUCAGUGACAGCCCCAUACAAAUACCCAAGGAAGAUGGAGUUUGUCUUGGACCUGCCCAAAACUAUCACAGGUAAAAUCCAUCGGUCCGAGCUUCGAAACAGGGAGUGGAAGAGGUCUGGAUGAGCCUGCGCCCAGCGAGACCUGCAGCGGGCCUUCCUCCGGAUCCUGAUCUUCUUCCAUUUCCCUUUGGGUGAUCUGCCUCCCACUGAGGAUACGUGAUUCUUUAUGACAAGAUAUAUGUCUGAUUUGUUUUUUCUUUCCUGGUCAUUAGCCCACAAUCUUUUCAUGGUAGAUGUUGAAAGAAGAAAGGGAGGAAGGAAAUGAGAGUGAGGAAAGGAAAGGGAAUAGGAAAAACAGGAGAGGAAGUUAAGAGAAAGUUGAAAGCAAAAAGAACUGGAAAAGGAGAAACUGAGAAAGGAAAAAGGAAGGAGGGAGUCCACUUCUUUUCUUUAUAAAUAAAGUUUUAUUGGAACAGAAACAUGCACAUUCAUUUAUAUAGUCUCUGGCUGCUUUCAUCCCUCCUUCUACCUAAGGAGGGAAGGAAAAGAGAAGAAUUGGAGGGAGGGAGAGAAAAAGACAGGAGGAGGAGGAAGAAAGGAAGGGAGGGUGAAGAAGGAAAGAAAGGAACAAAGAAAGAGCUGGAUAAAAGUAGCUAGAGAAAUUCAUAAAGGAAAAUGUUGGAAGGCCGGUAGGAUGGGGAAGAGGGAGGGAAGGACCUUAUAAUUACUCUCAUAGAUAGGCAGAUUAACAGACAGUGACAGCGUCACAAAGAAAACUGGAUCUUAGGAAGAAAAUGACCGGCAUGGCAUUCCAUCUCAGCCCUGGGACAAGACCUCCCUCCAGAGAAGCUUGUGUAUGGGGUUGGGAUGUUAGAGUCAUCACCAAAUGAACCUAAACCUUAGGGGGGCAUCAUGACAAGAGGAGGGGAUCUCCAUUUACUGAGUAUUUGCCAUGUUCCAGGCACUGUACUAGGCAUUUCAUAAAUGCUAUCUCAUUUAAUCUCUGUUUGGCACCUACAGACCUGACAGCAUAGCUGUGAGAACAGUGUAAGUGCCUCAGAAAGGUGUCUCUUCCCCCAUAGCUCAUGUUUUUGGUGGAAUCUAC